UUAUCGAUACUGCAAGAAUAAGCCUUAUCCUAAGUCCCGCUUCUGCAGAGGUGUUCCUGAUCCCAAGAUCAGGAUAUUUGAUCUGGGCAGGAAAAAGGCCAAGGUUGAUGAGUUCCCACUCUGUGGGCACAUGGUGUCAGAUGAAUAUGAGCAAUUGUCAUCAGAAGCUCUAGAAGCUGCUCGUAUCUGUGCCAACAAAUACAUGGUGAAGAGUUGUGGCAAGGACGGUUUUCACAUCCGUGUGCGCCUGCACCCCUUCCAUGUCAUUCGCAUCAACAAAAUGUUAUCAUGUGCUGGAGCUGACAGGCUCCAGACUGGAAUGCGUGGUGCUUUUGGCAAGCCUCAGGGCACUGUGGCCCGUGUCCACAUUGGCCAAGUCAUCAUGUCCAUCCGCACCAAGGUGCAAAACAAGGAGCAUGUUAUUGAAGCGCUGCGCAGAGCCAAAUUCAAAUUUCCCGGACGUCAGAAG